AACCAGAAACCAAGAAUGGAGGAAGAGAGACCUGCUGCUGUUUCUAGUGUGACAAAGGAAAAGUCCAGUAAAGUGUCAGAUCUCAUCAACCGUUUUGAGGGAGGCAGCGCACUGAAUCCUAGUGAUUUGAAGAAAGAUUCCUCUGUUCUCCACAUUACUAAAUCUCAAGGAAGAUAUGGGUUCACGCCAUCACCUCAGCCAAAACUCCCCUCCCAGCACUCACUACAGAAACAGGGAAGCAUUAACACUGACAAAACUCAGGUUGCACAGCUGCCCACGCCCAACGGCGUGGUAGCCCAAGACCAGCUGGAAGAUGAGGACCAGCAAGUGCCAGACCGUGGCUCAGCCGUGUCCAGCCCAGUCCUGGAUGAUGCCAGGGACAGCAGCUUGAUAAACGGGGAAGGAGAAAGCACCCGCAGAGAGUCCUUGCAGAGUGUGACUGCCUGUGAGGAGCAGAUGCUCAACAGCUGCCACAGGACUCCGAGCAGUGACACGCUGCUCCCAUCCGAAAUCGAGCCUCUAGAAAUUAAUACUAGUGUCAAGGAAGAGCCAGCUGAGGAAAGCAGUAAACAAGAUCAACCCGUAGAAACAAAGGAGACAGAUGAGCAGAAACGUCACAAAAUUGCCAAUGAACUUCUGCAGACAGAAAAAGCCUAUGUUAGCCGGCUUGAUCUCCUAGAUGGGGUAUUCUAUUCCAGACUCCUUGAGGAAGCCAACAGAGGUUCGUUUCCACCCGAAGUGAUUAAUAAAAUCUUUUCUAACAUUUCAUCAAUAAAUGCCUUCCACAGUAAAUUCUUACUGCCGGAACUUGAAAAACGAAUGCAAGAAUGGACUACCACCCCUAGGAUUGGAGAUAUUCUGCAGAAGUUGGCUCCUUUCCUCAAGAUGUACGGCGAGUACGUGAAGAAUUUCGAUAAUGCAAUGGAAUUGGUGAAAACGUGGACUGAACGGUCACCUCAGUUCAAAUUCAUUAUUCAAGACAUUCAGAAGGAAAAAGUGUGUGGGAAUUUGACAUUGCAACAUCACAUGCUAGAACCAGUCCAACGCAUUCCACGCUACGAGAUGCUUCUAAAGGACUACCUAAGGAAAUUGCCUCAGGAUUCCCUAGACUGGAAAGAUGCUGAAAAAUCCCUGGAAAUUAUAUCCACUGCAGCAAGUCACUCGAAUAGUGCAAUAAGAAAAAUGGAGAAUCUAAAGAAGUUGUUGGAGAUAUACGAGAUGCUGGGAGAAGAGGAAGACAUUGUGAACCCUUCAAAUGAGCUGAUAAAAGAAGGGCAGAUCCUUAAACUGGCUGCUCGCAACACGUCUGCUCAGGAGCGGUAUCUCUUCUUGUUUAACAAUAUGUUGCUCUACUGCGUCCCCAAAUUCAGCCUGGUAGGAUCCAAGUUCUCAGUUCGAACCAGAGUUGGCAUAGAUGGCAUGAAGAUUAUAGAAACUCACAAUGAAGGAUAUCCACACACCUUCCAGGUGUCCGGAAAAGAGCGGACACUGGAGUUGCAGGCCAGUUCUGAACAGGAUAAAGAAGAAUGGAUAAAGGCACUUCAGAGUACUAUCGAAGCUUUUCAGCAGAGGAAUGAAACUUUCAGAAAUGCUAUCGCUAAAGAGUAUGAAGACAUGCCUGUUGAAGUCUCUAAUGCUGAGCUCGGGAAGAGAGCGCCGAGGUGGAUCCGGGACAACGAAGUCACCAUGUGCAUGAAAUGCAAGGAACCCUUCAAUGCACUGACAAGGAGGAGGCACCACUGCCGAGCGUGUGGACAUGUGGUUUGCUGGAAAUGUUCUGAUUACAAAGCACAUCUCGAAUAUGAUGGCAAUAAAUUGAACAAAGUCUGUAAGGACUGCUAUCAUGUAAUAAUUGGUUGUACAGACAGUGAAGAAAAGAAGAAGAAGGGCAUCUUGGAGAUUGAAUCUGCAGAAGUCUCUGGAAAUAGUGUCAUAUGUAGCUUUCUUCAGUACAUGGAGAAGUCCAAGCCCUGGCAGAAAGCAUGGUGUGUCAUACCCAAACAGGAGGCUCUUGUGCUCUACAUGUAUGGUGCUCCACAGGAUGUUAAAGCUCUGGCUACAAUUCCUCUUCUGGGCUACACAGUGGAUGACACUCCAAAAAGUGCUGACCUCCCUCACAGCUUCAAACUGACCCAGUCCAAGUCUGUGCACAGCUUUGCUGCAGACAAUGAGGAACUGAAACAGAAGUGGCUGAAAGUUAUCCAUUUAGCUGUCAAAGGUGAGACACCAGAAUGUCAAAAUGAACUGCAGGUGAAUUUAGAGGAGCAGCCUGAAUCUUCUAAAAGAUCUGAAUGCUGAAGCUCAAGAACACAAGACAUUUUUAAAAGAUUUCAGUUGAAAUUGUGGUUAACCUUUGUGUUAACCUUUCCUUGUUCAAUCAAGAAAAAAAAAAAAAAGAAAAAAAAAAA